AGGUAGCUGUUGUUCAAUAGCAGUGAAGCGAGUUAUCUUGCGGCCAAAGUUUGGAGAGUUGCUACAGCCCAGUUACGAGCCCUGCGGAGCCCUUAUAGAAAAAAGCACGACGGACGGGGAUCGGCUGCUGUGUCAGGUGCUGUUGGGAAGUGGGCUCGGUGGCCGGGUCCCCAUCAGCCUCCCGUUCAGCUCUGCCUCUUUCUUGUGGUCUGUAGGAAAGAGGGCCUUAACGAAGCAGCUGGGGUCCUCUCUUGACCCAGCAAGUGGCCCUCGGGUUUGCUCCAGCUCAUCUGUGCAGUCUUAGCAUUCAUAGGAAUGUCCCAGAAAAACCAAGCACAGAGCCUCCAGGAAGAACUGACCUGUGCCAUCUGCUAUGAUCUUUUUCGGGACCCAGUCAUGUUGGAAUGCAUGCACCAUUUUUGCAAGGAGUGCAUCCAGAGCUAUUGGGACAGAUGCUCUCGAGUUGCCACCUGUCCCCAGUGUCGUCAAGAGUUUCCCGCACGGUCCUUCCGCCCCCACUACCUUGUUGCUGGAGUUGUGGAAACAGUUCGGAAGGCCUCCUCCGAAGAGCACAGAAGAAGAAUACAGAAAAACUUCAGAGAGGCAUUCCAGUCUAAUCAGAAGGAGCAGGAAAAAUUGAUAAGGAUGAAGCAUGUGGCAGAGGAGAAACUCCACAGCCUGCUGAAAAUGUCUGGUGAGUUGAAUGUAAAGAUCCGGGCAGAAUUUGAGCACCUUCAUCAUGUCCUGGAGGAAGAAGAAAGAACUGUGCUGAUGGAAUUGGCCAGAGAGGAGGAACAGUGGGUGAUAAGACUGCAAGGAGAGUCUGCACGCCUAGAACAGGGGAUCUAUGAACUGAAGAAGAACAUGGAGCGCAUUCAGCAAAACCUUGAAAAACUGGAGAACUCAGUGCUGCUAGAGGUGGAAAAUGUGGCUGUCAGGCCACCCAUGGAGGUUGAAGCAUUGCCUGCCUUUCGCCUUGAGCAGCACAUGGACAAGUAUGAUGGACCCCUGCAAUACAUAUUUUGGAGGAGGAUGCUGAAAUCAGUCGACCCAGCUCCUGCACCUCUGACUUUCGAUCCGGAAUCAGCCCAUCCUAACUUGAUCCUUACCAAAGACCUGACUUCAGUGACAGAGAGAGAGAAGCCUUACCCUGUGUCCAGCAGUUCCAGCCGUUUCCUCAAAUGUGUGAAUGUGUUGGCCAGACAGUCCUUUGAGAGCGGGAGGCAUUACUGGGAGGUUUGGGUGGGCAACAAGGCCAAGUGGGACCUAGGAGUGGCAGCCAGUUCCAUAGAUCGGAAAGCAAAAGUCAAGCUGUGUUCUGAGAAUGGCUACUGGGCUCUGAGAUUGCGGGGAAACUCUGAAUACUGGGCUGCAGCUACUCCCCAGAUGCGCCUUGAACCCCGACGCAUGGUGAAAAAGGUGGGUGUCCUCUUGGACUGCAAGGAGAGCAAGGUGGCCUUCUAUGAUGCCGAGGACAUGUCCCAUCUCUUCACUUUCCAUCAAGUUACAGCCUGCAAGUUCUACCCUUUCUUCAGCACUUGCUUUAGCGAUGGCAAUAAAAAUGCAGAGCCCAUGAGAAUCUGCCAUCUGAGUCACUAAGAAUGCCUCAUAGCCUUUCUGCCCACAGACUAUAUCUGUAUUCACCAGGACCUUGGUGACUGCACUGGGGACCAUUUUUGUCUUAUAUCUUUGUCUAGAAUAAGAAGUGCUUGCUGGGAUAACAGCAUUAUUUUCUUUCUGCUUUUCUGCUGGUGACAUUAUGUAAGCGUAAUGUAGAUUCCAUCCUCUGAAUCAGAGUUGUAAUUAACCAGUUCUGGGGGAUUUGCUGUUCUUGUUCCAAGAUUCUUCUGAUUUUUUUAAAAAUUCAUUUUAUCAACCAAACACUUUCUUAAAUAAGCCUUAACAACAAAGACAGCCAAUGGUAACAUGAUGGAAUAGAACGGGGGGGAAAAGAUGGGUUCAGAAAAUUUGAAUAAAUUAGAUGUACUUUGAAUAAAGACAGUUUAAAAGUUA